AUGGCAGAAACUUCAUUCGAAGAUGCUUGGUUUUCAAAUUGCAAAAGUGGAUAUUUAGAUGAUAUCAUUCAAUUAGUUUCAAGUAAGAAAAUUUCAAUUGACAGUAGCGAUCAUUUAGGAAAUACAGGUUUACAUUAUGCAUCAAAUGCUGGUCAUACCGCAGUUGUAGAAGCUAUAAUCAAAGCCGGUGCAAAUAUUAAUGCUCAAAAUAAACAUGGUGAUACCCCACUUCAUAAAGCUGCAGGAAGAAACAGAUUAGAUACAGUCAAGUUUUUAGUUAAAAAUAAAGCAAAUAUCGAUAUUGUAAAUGUAGAUAAAGAAAGAGCUAUUGAUAUUACCAAUAAUCAAGAAAUUAAAAAUGAACUUUUACCAGUUGUAGAAUUUGAAGACGAUGAUAGUGAAGAAGAUAAAAAAGAUGAUUCAGAUUACGAUUCUGAAGAAGAAGGUGAUGAUUAA